CGGCACGUGAAUUUAUUUGAAAAACGAAUAGUCAAAGGAAGACCGCGCUUAGAGCCAGUGUCUUUAGUAGAGGAAUAAUAAUAUUUAGAUUGAAUUAGUGAAAUCAGCCAGUGGUUUCUCAAAGUUUUUAGGUAUUUAUCAAGUCAAUUAUAAAUAAUAAUGGGCAAGGACGAGAAAGAAGACUCCGGCUUCGGCUUCAAGGACAAGGCGAAGGCUGAGGACACCCUGCGCCUUCUGGAGCAGCACGACAUGAACUAUCGACGGCUGACUGUCCGGGGACUACUUGGCCGGGCCAAGCGGGUGUUGUCCUUGACGAAAGCGGAAGACAAGAUCAAGAAUAUAAAGGAAGCGAUGGAGGUGUUCGAGAACUGGCUCGCGGAGCUCGACCUCAACAAGACUGACAAGAAGCCUGACAAGAAGAAGGAAGAGAAGAAAGAGAGAGACGACAAAGAGGAAUCCAGCUCGGACGAAGAAAUGGAGGAGAAGCCCAAAGAGAAACCUAAGGAAGUCCAAGACAAGGUGCAAGGUCUUGGGUUCAAGGAUAAAGCGGCGGCGGAAGCCACCCUGCGUGAGCUGGAGGGCCGCGAUCCGGAGUACCAGAGUCUCGCCAUCAAGGGGCUCAUUAAAAGCGCUAAACGAGUGCUCACUUGUACGAGAGACGAGACCAAGAUAGCCAACAUCAAGGAAGCCACAGAAGUCCUAGAGAAGUUUCUCGAUGACUUCGACUCCAAUCACAUGAUGAAGCAGAACAACGCAUACCUUAGCCUGGGGUUCGCUCGGACCGCGCUCAAACUGGCUGACAGUGUUACUGACCAGCAGAAAGCGUUCAUAGCAGCGUAUGCGUCGGUGAACGGCGAGUACAAGCGGCUGCGCACCGUGGUUGAGAAGGACGGCGGCAAGUCCUGGGACAUCGUCCGCAACGCCGCGCUGAAGGACCUUAAGGAGAAGUACGCCGAUGCCAAGUUAUUCGACAAAGAUGAGCCCACAAAGGAACAUUUAGAAAUGAUACUGUGGGCGUACUCACCAGAGGCAGCUAAAGUCAAAAAGGUCCUAUCAGAAACAAAGGAAGAGAAAGAGGAAGACAAGAAAGAAAGUCGGAAACGAAAGAGCAGCACGAGUGACCGUGAAUCUCCCAGCAAAAAGCAGAAAGAAGAUUAACUUGUUAUAUUUUUUGUUGGUAAUAAGCAUUUAUCUCUAUGUUGUACCUAAUUAAA